AUGGACUCUGCCUUCGAAUUUGGCACUCAACCCAGAUACGAUGCCUCGGCUUCAUUGCCAAAGGCAAAGGACUUUACCCAUCACCUAAAUCAAGUUUCCAAGAAUCGAGCUGCAAGUAGUCUCAAGGAGCUUUACAGGUACCAAGGUGUCCCAGGAAUGAUUGUCAUGGCAGGAGGUAUUCCUCAUCCCGAGGUAUUUCCCUUCGAGACUUUAUCAGCUACGAUUCUAGCCCAUGAUGCCUUCCCACUUGAUCCACCUCGAGAACCCAAGAAGAACAAAUCUUUAUUAUCCUGGUUAUUUUCAAGCUCAUCAGCUGCUCUUCCAACUUCGUCAUUCACAAUUCCCAAGUGGGCUCCUGGACCUCCCGAUCCAAAGACAAUCCAAUUAUCUACCUCAUUACAAUACCAAGCUGCUACCGGUCCACCAUCACUGGCUCUCUUCCUGCGGGAGUACGUCUCGAAAGUUUACAAGCCCGCUUAUGCAGAUUGGGACGUGUUGGUCAAUGUUGGAAAUACAGAUGGGUGGGGUAAGAUCAUUAGUCUGUUGGUAGAGAAGGGAGAUGCGAUUUUGGUUGAAGAAUGGACUUAUCCUUCGGCCGUCAAUACUUUCUUACCAUUUGAAUGUCCCACUAUACCCAUCAAGAUGGAUAAGGAAGGUAUGUCACCUGAACAUCUUGAAGAGGUUUUAGGAGGAUGGAAAGAAGAUGAAAGAGAUGGAAAGAAAAGACCUCAUAUUAUGUAUACUAUUCCUACUGGACAAAACCCCACGGGAGCUACGAUGGAAGGAGAGAGAAAGAAGCAGAUCUACGAGAUUUGUAAGAAAUAUGAUGUGAUCAUCUGCGAGGAUGAGCCAUAUUAUUGCUUGUACACCGGCGAAUGGACACCCAAAGGAACUCAAUCCGACAGAUCUAUUCUUGCUCAACGAUUAGCAGAUGCCGAGAAGAAAGAGGGAUCAGAGGGAAAUGCAGCAUUCAUCAAAUCCCUCCCACCAAGCUACCUCCACUUCGACACUGAUGGUAGGGUCGUUCGAAUGGACACAUUCUCGAAAACAUCUGCUCCUGGAUCCCGAUUAGGAUGGAUCACUGCCAAUCCUCAGUUCAUCGAACGACUAACCCGAAUUACGGAAACUUCCACUCAAGCUCCCAGUGGAUUUGCUACUGCGUUGACCACGACGAUGUUGCAGAAAUGGGGCUUCGAAGGUUAUAUCCGAUGGUUGCGAGGUGUAAAGGCCACUUACAAUAUGAGGAAGACUUGGAUGUGUGAUGCCUUCGAGGACACUUUCCACCUUGAAUUUGACCAGACGAACAACUCUAUUGUCAGAGGGUUGUUCCCCGAAGGUACAAAGACGAUCACAUGUUAUUCGAAACAACCGAGAAACAAAUGGGAUGAGAAGAAAGGAUUACACGGUCCUGCUUUGGUAACGUUCACGCCUCCAACUGCCGGUAUGUUCGUGUUCUUAGGUGUACACGUCAGUGAACAUCCAGAUUAUCAAGAUCUCCUUAGAAAAGGCGAAGAUGCCACUCAUGUCUUGGUUCAAAAAUUAUGGACAGAACUUGCCGACAAUCUGGUAUUAUUCGCUCCUGGAUGGUACUUUGAUGCGGGCGGCGAACAUGCGAUAGGUGGUAAAGGAUAUGGUUAUUUCAGAUUAUCAUUCUCUAUCGCUACUUAUGAAGAAACUUAUAAAGCUAUUAAAACUUUCUCAAAGGUACUUGAUAAGUUCUUUGGAUUGAAUUAG